UUGAGGGUGGGAGGAGAGGAUGGUGUGUGUGUGUAUAUGUAUGUGUGUAUGUGUGUAUGUGUGUGCGUGUGUAUGAAAGAGAAGGCUCCCAGGGUCAGGCUGGCUGCUGCUUGCCGAUAGCUACAGCAGUCGGGGCGGUAGGCCAAUGGUUUGUGGUUACGCAAGUGUCGACGGAAUUCCCAGUGUGCUGCGCGCCUGCGCCCGUAUGUUCAUGGCGGCGACUAUCCGGCUAGGGCCGCUUUUGCUCUUUGUACUAUGGACGGUGGUGACUGUGGUUCUGCCUGGCUCUGGCGAAGGGGGAUGGCAGCAGAGCGGGCUGGGGACUGCAGUAGUAGUGCCGGAGGAGCGUUGCACCGUGGAGCGCCAAGCACACCUCACAUACUCCGAAUUCAUGCAGCACUAUGCCUUUGUCAAGCCGGUCAUAUUACAGGGACUCACGGACAACUCGCGGUUCAGGGCCCUGUGCUCUCGGGAAAACCUGUUGGCCUCGUUUGGGGACAACGUUGUUCGCCUGAGUACAGCCAACACCUACUCCUACCGGAAAGUGGACCUGCCCUUUCAGGAAUAUGUGGAGCAGCUGCUGCAUCCCCAGGAUCCCACAUCCCUAGGCAAUGACACCCUGUACUUUUUUGGAGACAACAACUUUACUGAGUGGGCUCCACUAUUCCAGCACUAUUCUCCGCCUCCGUUUCGUCUACUGGGAACCACCCCUGCUUACAGCUUUGGGAUCGCAGGAGCUGGAUCUGGGGUACCCUUCCACUGGCAUGGACCUGGUUUCUCAGAGGUGAUUUAUGGUCGGAAGCGCUGGUUCCUCUACCCUCCUGAGAAGACACCAGAGUUCCACCCAAACAAGACCACACUGGCCUGGCUUCAGGAAAUAUACCCAUCCUUAGCCCCAUCAGCUCGGCCCCUGGAAUGUACCAUUCAAGCUGGUGAAGUGCUGUACUUCCCUGACCGCUGGUGGCAUGCCACACUCAAUCUGGACACCAGUGUCUUUAUUUCUACCUUCCUUGGCUAGCCAAACAGGCAACUGGCAAGCCCACUGCACCAGCACAUGCCAAUGUAGUGCUCACAGACU